AUGGUUGUCACCGAAAUCGCUUUGCUACCCCUGCAACAGAGUUGCAACCCUGAAGAUACAAACAGUAUCGCAAGCCAAAUUCAUGACAGCGCCGUUGAAGUAAUUCUAUCUCAACCAGGAGCGCAUCGAGUACGAUGGGGUCGUCGAUAUGAGGACAACCCCCUGUUAAUGUGGUUUGUUGAUUGGGAUAACAUUGAAUCGCAUACGAGGUUCAUGGCUGUCUACGAGCCAUUCCUUAAGGAAUUUGGUGGAAUUCUAGACACCGGGGCACGGGCAUAUCAUGCUGAUUUUGUCCCUUAUGGUAAAGCAGAAACUCCCUGCGAUGCUCGAUCAAGAACCACUCAGAUCAUAACGAUGUGGUUUCCAGACACAUAUUCGGAAGUAGAUAAGCAUGAAGUUGAAAGCCAAGCACAAAGAUUUGUUGCGACUCUCGAAAAUGUGGCGUCCUACAAUUCUUCAGUUGGAGGCUGGGUUAGGGAGAUGAUUGACAUCCCCGGGACCAUCAGGCAGGGAAAGGCAUAUGUGCUCCUAGUCAGUUGGGAUCUGCCCAAGGGAAGUCUUGAAGCAAGAGAAGGCGAUGCGAUCAAGAACAAUUUCAAGUUUCUUUGGGAUGCCAGGGGUCUCGAGAAGCUGGAAGUUGUCCAUUCAACUCUUGUGGAGGUCACCCGAAUUUCAAAGGGUCUUCAGGGUCGGUCGAAUCUAUAA